AGCAGAAAGGGGAAAGAGAUAGGAACGGGCGCCAUGAGCGGCCCACCCCCUGCCCCAGGCAAUGCCCCAGGCGCUGCGCCAGCCUUGCCCAUGCCGGGCAUGGGCAUGCCCGGCAUGAUGCCGAUGUCCAUGCCAGGAGGCAUGAUGGGCAUGCCCGGGUCGCAGCCACAGCCUGGCAGCGGGUCAGGCGCAGGCCAGUCAUCCGGCUGUCCACAGAUGCCGGGGGGCUGCCCGUCCAUGCCCUCGAUGCCGGGGAUGAUGCCGGGCAUGGGCAUGCCGGGCAUGAUGCCUGGUAUGAUGCCAGGCAUGAACCCGAUGAUGAUGAUGGCCAUGAUGCAGCAGAUGGCCGCGAAGAUGGGAGCGGCUCAGCCGGCCCCCGCCUCGAUGGUCAUGGCCGCGGCAGAGGAGAAGAGGAAAGAGCCUGAGCCGUUCGACAACGAUGAGAUCGAUCCGCAGAUCCAAGAGCUCUGCGACUAUUUCAACAUCGAGGACCGAUGGGUGAAGCGACUGAACGAGACCAUGCGCAAGCGACAAGACACCAAGCAAGAGGACAUUGAGAAGCUCUACGAGGUCCUGGAGCGGGCGCGCAGCCCAACAGGCCUCCUCACCGUGAAGAUCGGAGAGAUGGAGUGCGGUCGCUUUGUCGGCAAGAUCAAGCCAGACAAGGACGUGGAGCGCCUGGCGCGGAAGUUCAAGCUGGACGAGCCGGUGGCCUCGCGGCUCACAGAGUUGGUGCACCGCCGCAAGCAGCAGGGCGAGCCGGACCGCGCGGCGAAGGACCUCGCGACCAUCGAGCAGCACCUGCGCUACUGCAAGCGCACCUCUGCCAUGGCGACGCUCCUGGCAGGGAAGCUCCUGGAGGGCGACGUCGAUGAACUCCCCGACCUCACGGAUGCGGAGCACGUCAUGGAGAAAUAUCGGCUCGACGAGGACGCCAAGUCCAAGCUUCGGGAGAUCAUUGAGAAGAGGGCGGUGGAUGCUCCGCAGGUGCUGCAGCAGAUCAAGAAGCACCUGGACACCUCGGUGAACACCUCCUCCAUGCUCUGCAAGAUCGCCAGGCCCUUGAUCGACAACGAGCACUUGCCAGACCCACCGGAGAGAGGGUCCAAAGGCAAGGGCAAAGGCGACGAGAAAGGCGGUGGCGACCGUGAGCGUGGCGGCGACCGCGACCGCGGGGACCGGGGGGACCGGGACCGGCGCAGGGAUCGGAGCCGAGACCGAGACCGGGACCGAGACCGCCGCCACGGUAGCCGCAGCCGGAGCCGUGACCGACGCCGGGAGGACUAAGCGAAAGGCUGCCCAGAUCCUUCGCCCAGUGGGGUUUUGGGUCGACUCCUUUUUGGUUUGACCGCAUGAACCUCUUACCAAAGAGGCCAAGUGGGUGCAGCCGAAGCGUUUUGGAUCUCAGUGCCGUUCCAGCUGUGGCAGCAACCCGCACAACGCCUUGUGCGGCGGGCUGCUUUCCAUGGCUGCGUUCCAAACACGGCGUUUCACGCUUCUGCGGAUUGCCAGACUUUUGGCCC